GUAAACGCAGGAUUCAAAAUUGUCUCAAUGAACUGACAUAAAGCUGAUAUUUCUUCUCUUUAAGCCAGUUUUAUUCGUCGAAAUUAUGCAAACGUGGAGUCUUGUAUCAUUGUGUGUGCUGCUGGGAGUUGUUACGAGAUGGGGCGUGUCGUUGAAUUCUUAUUCGGGGGCGGGGAAACCUCCCAUGUUUGGCGACUAUGAGGCUCAAAGGCACUGGCAAGAAGUGACCUACAACCUCCCUGUGCAGGAAUGGUACUUCAACACCACUGACAAUGACUUGUACUACUGGGGUCUGGACUAUCCUCCUUUAACGGCCUACCACAGCCUGAUCUGCGCUUAUGUAGCUAAGGUAAUAAACCCUGAAUGGGUGGAGCUGCACAAAUCCAGAGGUUAUGAAAGUCCAGCGCACAAGUUAUUCAUGAGAGCUACAGUUCUGGUGGCUGAUUUGUUGAUUUACAUCCCUGCUGUGGUUGUUUACUGUUUAUACCUGACUGAAGGAUCAUCUAAAAGAAAGGUUUCCAUUCUGUUCUGCUUCCUUCUUUACCCGGGGCUGAUCCUCAUCGACUAUGGGCAUUUCCAGUACAAUGGAGUGAGUCUUGGUUUUGCCCUGUGGGGUGUUCUUGCUCUUGGUUUGAGCUGGGAUGCGCUCGGCUCCAUGGCUUUCUGCCUGGCUCUCAACUACAAACAGAUGGAGCUGUACCACGCGCUGCCGUUCUUCUGCUACCUGCUGGGGAAGUGUGUCAAACUUGGCCUGACGGGCCGAGGGUUUUUUCUGCUGGUGAGAAUUGCUGCAACGGUGUUGGUGACCUUUGCUCUCUGUUGGCUUCCCUUUCUGUCUGACCCUGGUCAGGCCAUGCAGGUGAUCAGGAGGAUCUUCCCUGUGGCUCGUGGCCUGUAUGAGGAUAAGGUUGCCAACACAUGGUGCAGCUUGAACAUCCUGAUAAAGAUCAGAUCCAUUUUGUCCAGUGACACUCAGAUUUACCUCAGUGCUGCCUGCACUCUUCUGGCUGUCCUACCAUCCUGUAUAAAACUUCUGACAAACCCGACCUUCUGGCAGUUUAAACUGGCCCUGAUGAAUUCAUCAUUGGCAUUUUUCCUCUUCUCUUAUCAAGUCCAUGAGAAGUCCAUCCUCCUGGCUGCCUUGCCUGCCUGCCUGCUGCUCAGUGACCUUCCCUUGGUUGCUAUCUGGCUCCUGUUGACCUCAAAUUUCAGUAUGCUGCCUCUACUUCUGAAGGACGGUCUGCUGGCGCCCUAUAUUGUGACAUCACUGGCCUUCCUCUUCUUCAGUCUCUACCUGCUCUCUGCUCUAGAGCACUGUUCAGAGGAAGAGCUUAGACUCGAAGCCUACCGCAAGCUACUGUUCUUCAAUGUUCUUCCAUGUUCCAAAAUGGACAUGGCGGCUGUUACACAAUGGAAGUUCUACAUCAGCGUUGCAGCCAUGGCUGGUCUGAGCUUCGUUAGUGUAGCGAUGGUUCCUCCACCCCGUCUACCCGACCUGUUUCCUGUGUUGGUCUCUACUUUUUCUUUUUUGCAUUUCUUCGGGACAUUGGUCUAUUUCAACGUUGUCCAGUUCAGUGAGCCAACCAGCAAGAAGAGCCAGAAGAAGACAAAUUAAAUGGAGCCAAAGGAAAGAGAUAAACUGAACACAGAAAGGAAAGUUUUAGCUAAUUUUGUAGCAGGAAUGGCUGUAUCACACUGAAGGUUUGACUUGUGCCAUCAUGAACCCGGUGCAAUUAGUAAAAGUGUAGGAUGCUGUGAUUCAUCAGUUUAUCAUGACAUUUAAUUGACAGCAAUUUUAAACACCAAACACCAGUUUGAUGGUCUCUGCUUCUUAAUGCAGGCUUUUUGUGCCAUUUCCCCCAUUACAUGUAGUUAACAUUUUAUAGUCUAAAAUGUUGGCUUGGUCCCAAAUUCCACAUCUGUCUGUGUAGAGUUCUGCCCACACUUUGGGUUUGCUUUGAUCAACAGCAAGGGCCCUUGGCUACUGGGUCCAUUUCUGCUAUGCUGUUUUACUUCCUGUUUUGACAUAAUGUUGAAAUAUUGAUUGGAUAAAUUAUCAGCAGUCUGGUCUUGGUGUUUUAUUUUGAAAUUGACUGGACACUUCGUGCGUUCCCUCCUGUGUCUUCCUGUUUUGGUCGAUAUGCUCUUUGCUGAUUGAUGUAUGUUGGAAACAGGCUUCAGUGAAAAUGGACUCAACACCGUGGAAUUGUGCUACCAGAAAAGAGCAGAAACGGACCACAGCAUGCCCUGCAGAAACCCAAAGAGUGACUAGAGAGGGAGUGAUUUGCUCUGGAGUGUGCAGUGCAGAGGUAAUACUUCUUGCAGCGAUCACACAGUCCAGAACAAUAUGCUGUCUUUCUAGUCAAUCUUUGCAGUUCCACAGCACUCACCCUGAUCCAUCUCCAGUGUGUGCUAGAAGCACUUCUCCACCCUGAGUCUAUUUUAAGCUGGCAAAAUGUGUCAGUCCACGUAGAGCAAAUCAACCCAAACAGGAACAAUGUACCUGCAAUGCAUCCAGUCAGUUUCGAAUAACUAAGCACAGACUCACAGUAGUAGAUCUCAUCUCUAUAUCAACAUCAUAUCUCAUCCUGUGGCACAAGCCUGUCAUCAGACAGUCAGAGGAUCAUAGAGGUAGAACGAUGCCAUGAGUGAAUAAAAGUUACUUUUGAGUUGGAAAACCACAGGAUUUUAUUUGACACCACACAUCCUUUCUGAAUAAUUGGGCCUUGAGGUUUAAGGCACCUAAUGUACACGGGUUCAAGUCCAACCUGUGGUUGCUGCUAUCUUGCAUGUCUCUCCCCCACUCUCUCAGCCCUGUUUCCAACUCUAUCCACUGUCCUCUAUGAUUCAAGGCAUAAAAAGCCACAAAAGUGUUUUAAAAACCCAUCUCUGGGAAAUGCAUCCACUAAUGAGGGCCUGCGCUAUUGGAGCAAAACCAUCAAUGCUACAGAACUGGAGUAUGUGAAAUUUCAGGGUUAGAUGAAACAAAAUUCAAGGAUUUGAUUCAACUGCAGGUUCCUUUUUUUAGUUUUGUGGCAAUACAAUCCUAGAAGAGCUAGUAGGUAGAUAGUGUAAGUUAUUUAUGAAAACUGUCCUUCUUGCAGCCCUAUGUUAAAGCAUAUUUGGGCAUAUUUGUUGGCUAAAUAUUGGUAUAUCCUCUGAAUGGCAACACAGAGAACAUGUGAAGUGAAAUGAAAGGAAAGAGGGGGACUUUUUCCUCUACUUUUGACUGAAUUAUAUCUGUAAAACAGUCAUCUGCUACCAAAACCUAAUAAAAAGCUCUAUUUUUUCCAAAUUCUCUUAAUCAUGUUAUCUUAAACAUUCCCCUUUACUUGAAUUAUAAUUUCAUUUGGACCAAUGUUAUCUCUUCAAACUACACAGGCUGGUUUAUUGUACAUGUUCAAUAAGCAGGCAGAGUGCUGCCCUCAGAUUUGAGUUUUGAGCUCUGUGCCUUUAUGUUAAUCUGCAGGACUUACUUUAAUAAUAAGGACACCCUCUGAUGUUACAAGCAUUGGGACAAGUGCUGAUUGAAUAUUUUGCUAACUUUUAAAGGGGUUUAAAGGUGGUGCUGAGCACAAAGAAACUGUGAGGUGUUUCUGUUUGUAUAUCAGAGUUUCCUUUUGUUAAUUAAAUGCUGACCUGAUGGGAGUGGACUCUAUCUGUAACGGUUUAUCAUCUAUUCCUGUGAACUUUUUGUAAGUUUUUCUACUCUAUAUUUUUAUCUACUGUUGAAGUAAUUUUGUACAAACUUGUGAAAAUAAAUAAA